AUGUGCUUCAUACAUUUUAAGCACACAGCCUUACCUAUUUCAGGUAUUAUAAUAGAGGCGAAUAUUACCUGAAUAAAAACAUUUCAUUUGAUUUUGUGUAUGAUUCAAUCAUCGGAUACCAAUUUUUAAUCAGUUGCUGUAAAUAUAGUUUUUUAACGAUAUUUUUUCGUAGCAAAAACGUGAUUUGACUACGGUCAACUACGGUUUAAACAGACCGAGAUAAGGUAUUCUAUUUGACAGAGGAAUUUUCCAUUAUCACCUCAAUGUUAUUACGAAAAUAUAAAUUCAUAAUGAAUAGCAGAUUUAAAUUGUUCGCUCGUAAUUUUGGGGUUUUCAAGCCACAUCUUGCCCUCGAACAUUCUGCCCCUCGAAUAGCUGUAGCACAUGUUAGACAUAAAUCCAGUGGACCUACCAAUACUGUUAUAAUGUUUGUUCCGCAACAAGAGGCAUGGAUCAUUGAAAGAAUGGGCAAGUUUCAUAAAAUUUUAGAGCCAGGAUUGAACAUACUAAUACCAAUAGUUGAUCGGGUUAAAUAUGUUCAAUGUCUCAAAGAAAUCGCUAUAGAAAUUCCUCAGCAAUCUGCAGUGACUUCAGAUAAUGUUACAUUAAACAUCGACGGAGUAUUAUAUUUAAGAGUAAUCGAUCCAUACUUGGCAUCUUAUGGAGUAGAGGAUCCAGAGUUCGCUAUAAUCCAAUUAGCCCAGACCACAAUGAGGUCAGAGUUAGGAAAAAUUUCUUUGGACAGAGUAUUUAUGGAGAGAGAAGGCCUCAAUGUUUGUAUCGUCGAGAGUAUUAACAAAGCAAGCAAAGUGUGGGGUAUCGCUUGUCUUCGUUACGAAAUACGUGACAUAAGACUACCACAACGAGUACAGGAAGCAAUGCAGAUGCAAGUGGAAGCCGAACGCAAAAAACGAGCUGCGGUUCUGAAUUCGGAAGCUCAAAGAGAAUCAGAGAUAAAUAUCGCGGAAGGAAAACGUUCGGCACAGAUUUUAGCAUCAGAGGCCGCAAAGCAGGAAGAAAUAAACAAAGCGGAUGGCGCAGCAAAAGCUCUAAUUAUGAUAUCUGAAGCACGUGCUAAAAGUUUGAAAAUUGUAGCGGAAGCACUUAAUUUAACCAGCGCGAAGGAUGCGGCAGCACUUAGUGUAGCCGAACAGUACAUUAAGGCAUUCAAGAAAAUAGCGAAACAAAAUAAUACUUUAAUAAUACCCAGCAAUGUGGCCGACACAUCUUCCAUGGUAGCACAAGCAUUAACAAUUUACAAACAAGUUAUGUCUGGACAGAAUUUUCACGACAAUCAAGCGAAAUUAACCGACAGGUCUCAUGUAAAUAUCCAAGAUUCAGACGAAGCGUUUGAAUAUUUCAGUGAUAAGGAAGAGGCGGAAAAGCACAUGAAGAGUGGAAAACAAAAUCCCUGAAUGUUAUAAAAUAUUUGUAUAUGAUGCAUUUUAUUUUAAUUUUACUUAUCUACCUACAAUUGUAGCGGUAGAAAUAUAUUAAUACAAAAAGAUAACUAAGCA